AAAACACGUUUCUUGUAAACAAAUCAUUUAUAUUAAAUAUCGAAAGUGAUGUAAUAAAAGGAAUUCGAAGAGACCGUAGAAGAAGUCAAAACCAUAAAGGCUAUCACCCCAAAGGUAGAGUGACUUGUGUAUAUUUUAAAUAGGAAAUCAAAAAGAUCGUAAGACCUUAAUUUGAGGCAAACCCAGAGUUGUUCUACCCAACCAAGGUUUUCGAUAAAUUUGGGUUCAGUAGAUGCAAAUGUCCAAAAUGUGGAGCAUAUUUUUGGAGACACACAGAUAAGAAGACCACUUGUGGAGAUUCAAAGUAAUUGAAGAAAUCAAUAAUUUUUUAGUUGUGAAGGGAAGUACUCCUUUAUUGGUGUAGGCACAGGUAAAGGAGCCAAAGGAAAUAAAAUAACAUAUGCCGAUGCUUGGAACGGAUUCAAGAAAUCUUUAACAAGUGCUAGAGUACCAUGCACAGCAAUUGAUAGAUAUCCAGUGGUGGCCAGAUGGAGAAAUGAUGUUGAUUAUGUAGCAGCAGGAAUCUAUUGUUUCUAACCAUUUUGUGUAACAGGUGAGAUGGAUCCACCAGCAAAUCCAUUGAUCUGUCCAUAAUUUUGUGUGAGAUUCAAUGAUCUCGACAAUAUUGGUUUGACAGGAAGACAUUAUUCCGGAUUUAUCAUGCUUGGUAUCUAGACAUUCAAUUAUCCUGACAAAUACGUGUUCUUUAAGGAGGAAUGUGUAGAAUUCAACUAUAGAUGGUUGACUGAAGAGUUAGAAAUCAAUCCAGAUGAUAUUACAUUCAUUGAAGAUGUUUGGGCAGGAGGUGGAAACUUGGGUCCAUCAGUAGAGUACUUCGUCAAUGGAUUGGAAGUAGGAAACAUGGUGUUUAUGCAAUAUAAAUAUUUCCAUGAUGGAUCAUAUGAAGAAUUACCAAUUAAAAUCAUAGAUACAGGAAUCGGAUUGGAACGUAUACCUUGGUUAGUCAAUGGUUCACCUACAAGUUAUUUCGAUGUCUUUGCUGGGGCCUUUGCAUUCUUGGCAUAAAAGUUAUAAGUCGAAUAUUCAAAUGAUGUUUGGAAAGCAUUUGGACCAUACAGUUGUUUAUUGAAUGUUGAUGAAGUUGAAAAUGUUGAUAAGACCUGGGAAUUCAUUUCAUCAUAGAUUGGAUAUGAUGUCUAAACUAUUAAGAAGGAAAUUGAACAAUUGAAGGAUAUGUAUAUCAUAUUGGAUCACACUCGUACUGUUAUGAUGGUCGUUACUGAUGGAUCAUUACCCUCAAAUGUUGGUGGUGGUUCUAAUAUUAGAAAUAUCAUCAGAAGAGUAUUUGCGGUCUUGAAGAAGAAUAAUUGGUGGGAUAAAUUAGGAAUGGAUGGAUUAUUAUAAUUAUUUUAAGAACACAAAAAUGAUUUGGCUAAACUUUAUGGUCCAUUUGGAGAAUAUAAGAGUUUCGAUUAAAUUAUCAAAUAAGAAUAUGAAAGAUGGGCUAAAACAGAUGAUGAUAAGAAAGUUAAAUUAGAAAAAUUAUUGAAAUAAAAGAAUAAUCAAUUAAGUAUUGACGAUUGGAUCUUUGCUAUGAGUACUCAUGGAAUACCAGCUGAUACUAUUAGUCAAAUUAGUAAAUUGCCAAUCCCUGGUAAUUUGUAUGCUGAAUUGGCAGAUAGAGCAGCCAGAAUUACUAAAGCACCUGAAGCUAUUCUUUAUAACACAGUUCAUUUACCUGAAACUACUAAUUUAUAUUAUCAAACACCAAAAGAUGGCAAAUUCUAAGCUAAAAUUGUUACUAUAUUCAGUAAUGUUUAACAAUAGAAUCUUCCCAACAUUGUGAUUUUGAAUCAAUCUGCCUUUUAUCCAUUUGGUGGUGGUUAAGAUUUCGAUUAAGGUUGGUUAACUAUUUAAGGUGAGAGAUAUUAUGUUAACAAUGUAUAAAAAGUUGGCAAGGUUGUGUUACAUAUCUUAGAAAAACCAUUACAAAAUGCAGUUGAUACAUAUGUUGGUUAAGAAGUGUUAGCUGAAAUCGAUUUAGAAAGAAGAACAAUUUUGAGAAAUCAUCACACAGCUACUCAUAUUGUAUUUGCAGCAUGCAGAAGAGUACUUGGUCCUCAUGUUUGGUAAAAUGGUGCUCAUAAGAGUGUUCACAAUGCACAUCUUGAUAUUACUCACUUUGCACCUUUGUCUAAGGAAUAAGAAUAAGCCAUUGAGAAUGAGGUCAAUAAGAUCAUCUUAUCUGCAAAACAAAUCAAUAAAGGAUUUAUGAAUAAAGCUGAUGCUGAAAAGGAAUAUGGAUUCAGAUUAUAUCAAGGUGGUAUUGUACCAGGAAAUGAAUUAAGAGUUGUAAAUAUCGAUGGAAUAGAUGUUGAAGCUUGUUGUGGUACCCAUUGUGACAGCACAUCAGAAGUAGGAUGGGUGAGAAUUCUUAAAACUUAAAAAUUAUAAGAUGGUGUUGUAAGACUCUAUUAUGUUGCUGGAGUGAAGACAAUUGAGGUAUUAAACUCAGAGGGAGAGAUGAUUAAUUCAUUGGUCAAGUUGUGGUCUAUUUCCAAGAAUCAAUUGGUUGAAGAAGGCAGCAAGAUUUUCUAAGAGAAGAAACAUUAUGAAUCUGCAUAUAACGUAUGAUAUUAUUUAAUUAUGCUAGUAACUCAAGGCUGAAUUGAUCAAGUCACAAUUGAAAUAUGUUAUUGAUGGUCCAAAUCAAAGAACAGUUAUCCAAUCAACUGAACCAAAUCCAACUGCUUAUUUCAGUGAAAUUGGAAAGUACAUCCAAUAACUCAAGGAUGCCAAGAAGGGUCUGUUGUUUGUUGCAGACACUUUCAUCUAUGGAGCCUUUGGUGAGAACAAUUUCAAUGUAGAGGAAUUGAGCAAGCAAAUUGAGGAGGAAGGAUAACAAUUGAAAGUGAAUAAACAGAAUAAGAUUAGUGUUAAAGAUGGAAAGGUAUAGUAUUUUAGUUAAUGAUAGAAAACUAUUCAAGUGAAUGAUGUGUUAACAUUCUCCAUCUUAGGUAAAUUCAACAAGAAUAAAGCAACCAAAUAUCUUAAAGAGCAAGGUUUUGCUUAAUUUUGAGAUAAUAUAUAUAAAGAAAGAUAAA